AUGAAGUCCUUCGUUGCCUCUGCUACUUUGGUUGGUAUCUAUGCAUUGGGCGUUGCAGCUCAGCCUACUGCCAGCUGCGAAAGCUACAAUACCCAGGGCGGCUGCCCAGCUGUCUAUGACCCGUGCUGCCCCUUCAUCUGUACUUCCCCAGAAGGCAUCACCAGUUGUGUCAAGUCUUAUGCCAUUGAAGGGAACUCCGGUAUUGUCUGCAGCGCCUGCCCGCGCCCAUCGCCUGGAUUGAAAGCCACUGUCUCGCCAAACCGCGGAGCUCAAAAGGCUACUCCACAGGCUACUCCAAAGGCCGCUACAUGCGAAAGCUACGAUACUCAGGGCGGCUGCCCGGCUGUCUAUGACCCGUGCUGUCCCUUCGUUUGUACUUCCCCAGAAGGCAUCACCAGCUGCGUCAAGUCUUAUGCCAUUGAAGGGAACUCCGGUAUUGUCUGUAAAGCUUGCCCAUCCGCUAAAUUGAGCCCCCUCGCUCGGCGAGAUACCGCAGCCCCAACGGCUGUUCAGACCUCUGGUUCCAGCUCCGCCGCCACGGAAGCUCCUUCUUCUUCUUCUGCUCCUACUAAAGCUGGAGGAGCAAGUUCAAGCGCACCUGCUGCGGCGAGCACUGGAAAUCUUAGCACCAGCGCCCCAAGUGCACCCAAGGAAACUAAGGACCGCAAGUCUGGAGCUGCGGCUGGUAUUUAUAUGAUGUCCUUUGGUACCUCAUUCGGGCUAGGAUUGCUCUGCGCAGGAUUGGUUUUGUAA